AUGCAUGCUGCUUAUCCUCGUGUGACAUGCAGACCUAUGUUAAAACGAGAUCAUGAGAGGAUUGCCAACCUAAACAACAUCUGCAACUGCAACAACGUAGAGGCCAUCCAGAUGCUACGGAUGAGAAGAGCCCCUUUCUAUGCACUUGUGAAAUCGUUCAGGGAAAGAGGACGGCUGACUGAUAGCAUCCACACAUCUGUCGAAGAACAAGUCGCAGUGUUUCUUCAUGUGGUCGGUCAUAACCAGAGGUUCAGAGUCAUCCAUAACACAUUCAGGCGAUCCACAGAGACUAUCUCUCGGUACUUCCAGCAGGUGUUGUACGCCAUUGGGGAGCUCAGAGGUGAAAUGAUCAAGCCAGCAUCAAUGAACACACCAACCAAGAUCAAGAACAGCUACAGGUGGUUCCCCUAUUUCAGGGAUUGCAUUGGGGCUAUUGAUGGUACUCAUGUCACUGCAAAGGUACCGAGAUCAAUGUCUGCAGCAUUCCGCGGGAGGAAGCACUACAUCAGCCAGAACGUGCUAGCGGAUGUGGAUUUCGAUAUGAGGUUCACCUACGUGCUUGCUAGGUGGGAGGGUUCAGCUCAUGAUCCAGCAUCCUGGCCGACAACUUGUCAAGGCCUGAUGGGUUGCAAAUCCCUGACGGUAAGUUCUACCUUGGAGAUGCUGGAUAUGCAUGACGAUCUGGAAUUCUACCUCCCUUCAAAAAAACAAGGUUGGGGCGAGGAUGAGUUCUUCGAAGAGGUUGUCACUUUUGAUGAAGUAGAGACCGACCAUGGCGUGGAAGCAGGCGACAAUGAUGCCUGGAAGGUGAAGAUGCAAGAGUGGGCAGACGCAAUGUGGGAAGCCAGAGGCAACACCACCAUCUGA